AUGACAAUCGGCGAACUCACCGACUACCUGGAACACUAUGCCAACUGCUAUCAUGCGGAAGAAGACUCCAGAGCGGCCCUCGCGAUGCUUCAAGCUAGCCCAAGUCACCUCGCUCCCCUUAUUGAUGUCCGGACACCCAAGAACAUGUCGGUACUGCAUGCCAAGCUCCCUGACCAUGCUCUCCAACGAUACAUUCAAAGUCACACAUAUUUGGAUUCGAUCAUCGCCGGUGUAUAA